AAACACGACGGGCGGGUGAAAAUCGGCCACUACAUCCUGGGAGACACGCUGGGGGUCGGGACGUUCGGCAAAGUGAAGGGGAUGGAAGAGGAGAGCCCUUCCUUCUCUUGCUCUUUCUGAGUCAUAGAACUGGAAAAUUGCUGUAUAGCCCACAGGGAAGCAACUGCCUAAACCUUCUUAAGAAAAUCAGCAAGGCCAACAAUGUAAGAAAUUGGCAAACAUGAAUUGACUGGGCAUAAAGUUGCUGUGAAGAUACUCAAUCGACAGAAGAUUCGAAGCCUUGAUGUAGUAGGAAAAAUCCGCAGAGAAAUUCAGAACCUCAAGCUUUUCAGGCAUCCUCAUAUAAUUAAACUGUACCAGGUCAUCAGUACACCAUCUGAUAUUUUCAUGGUGAUGGAAUAUGUCUCAGGAGGAGAGCUAUUUGAUUAUAUCUGUAAAAACGGAAGGCUGGAUGAAAAAGAAAGUCGGCGUCUGUUCCAACAAAUCCUUUCUGGUGUGGAUUAUUGUCACAGGCAUAUGGUGGUCCACAGAGAUUUGAAACCUGAAAAUGUCCUGCUUGAUGCACACAUGAAUGCAAAGAUUGCUGAUUUUGGUCUUUCAAACAUGAUGUCAGAUGGUGAAUUUUUAAGAACAAGUUGUGGCUCACCCAACUAUGCUGCACCAGAAGUAAUUUCAGGAAGAUUGUAUGCUGGUCCAGAGGUAGAUAUAUGGAGCAGUGGGGUUAUUCUCUAUGCUUUAUUAUGUGGAACACUUCCAUUCGAUGAUGAUCACGUGCCAACUCUUUUUAAGAAGAUAUGUGAUGGGAUCUUUUAUACCCCUCAGUAUUUAAACCCUUCUGUGAUUAGCCUUUUGAAACAUAUGCUGCAGGUGGAUCCCAUGAAGAGAGCCACAAUCAAAGAUAUCAGGGAACAUGAAUGGUUUAAACAGGACCUUCCAAAAUAUCUCUUUCCUGAGGAUCCAUCAUAUAGUUCAACCAUGAUUGAUGAUGAAGCCUUAAAAGAAGUAUGUGAAAAAUUUGAAUGCUCAGAAGAGGAGGUUCUCAGCUGCCUUUAUAACAGAAAUCACCAGGACCCUUUGGCAGUUGCCUACCACCUCAUAAUAGACAACAGGAGAAUAAUGAAUGAGGCCAAAGAUUUUUACUUGGCAACAAGCCCACCAGAUUCUUUUCUCGAUGAUCACCACUUGACCCGGCCCCAUCCUGAAAGAGUACCAUUCUUGGUUGCUGAAACACCAAGGGCACGCCAUACCCUCGAUGAAUUAAAUCCACAGAAAUCCAAACACCAAGGUGUAAGGAAAGCAAAAUGGCAUUUGGGAAUUAGAAGUCAAAGUCGACCAAAUGAUAUCAUGGCAGAAGUUUGUAGAGCAAUUAAACAACUGGAUUAUGAAUGGAAGGUUGUAAACCCAUAUUAUUUGCGUGUUCGAAGGAAGAAUCCUGUGACAAGUACAUUCUCCAAAAUGAGUCUACAGUUAUACCAAGUGGACAGUAGAACAUACUUAUUGGAUUUCCGUAGUAUUGAUGAGGAAAUUACUGAAGCCAAAUCAGGGACUGCUACUCCACAGAGAUCGGGCUCAGUUAGCAACUAUCGAGCUUGCCAAAGGAAUGAUUCAGAUGCUGAGGCUCAAGGAAAAUCCUCAGAAGCUUCUCUUACCUCAUCUGUAACGUCACUUGACUCUUCUCCUGUUGACUUAACUCCAAGACCUGGAAGUCACACAAUAGAAUUUUUUGAGAUGUGUGCAAAUCUAAUUAAAAUACUUGCACAGUAAACCUAAAACUUUGCUUAUUUCUUUGAUAGCAAUAAGCAUGCAUAAUAAAUCAUAGCCAAAUGCUUCCAUUUAUAAUCAAGCUAUACAUAAUUAUAACUGAGGGUUGGCCUUUCGGAAUGCAGUUUGCACAGGGACUGGAACAUGAUUAAUAGUUAAAAGCAUAAUGUGCAGAAAUGAAUUAAGAUAAUUUUGUUCAUUGUUCAGUAGGCAUAUAGAAUAAUAUAAUAUACACAAUGAAUUAUAGUUCUCUCAGGCUCACUUGAUUUUUGGCUAUUUUAUAUUUAGUGUAUACAGGGCUUUGUCAAAUAUUAAUUUACCAUAAAGGCCUUCAUAUAUUAAUUAUGUGUUGAUGUGUUAUAUAUUUGCUUCAUAAAUUUAUUCAAUAAAUAUUUGCCUAGAAUCCCCAGAGAACUUUAUAGGUGAUUUUGUUUUCUGGGCUCCUUAAAUAGCAAGUAUCUUCAACAGUAGGGACAGCCUGGAUGAUUCUUCCAUAUCCCCUCCUUAAUAUUCUUAUUAUUCUGUAGUAUAUGGUAAGUCACCUUAAAGAUAUUGGACACAUUUAAAUUUUUUUCUUUCGUUUGUUAAGUCCAAAAACACACAGAACUUAUAUAUUCAGAUACUCUAGGCACUAAGUUUAAUUUUACAAUUUGUCCCACUAUAUUCUGUACAUAUAUUGCUCUUUUUGUCACAAGAGCUGUGUUGCAUAUACUGUAAAUAAAUCAUGCUGGUUUUGCCAAUAUCACAAAGUCCUCUGCUCAUCAUGUCAGUCAGUAUUAAAUGUAUGCAAAAAUUUCUAGUCAUUCAAUCAUGUAUCUUUUAAAUUGAUUCAGUGCAUAGAACAUGUCUUGCAAACUAUUUAAAUACUCAGAUAUGACUUUUUUUCCUAGACUUCAUUAUGGACAUUUUUUAAAAGAAAAGUUGAAAGGCUGUAAGGUGAUCACAUGUGUAUCUACCACUUAGAUUCAACAUUUGUUAACAUUUUGCCAUAUAUGCUUUAUCUAUAUCUGUAUAUAGAUACAGUUAUAUAUAUAUGUGUGUGUGUGUGUGUGUGUGUAUAUGCUUUUUUCCCCUGAACCAUUUGGAUUUUGCAGAUAUAUUCAUCACCCCUCAACACUUAAAGCAUCUCCUAAAAAAAUGAUGACAUUCUCCUAAAAAAACCCAUAAUACCAUUAAAAAUUAAUAAUUCUCUAAUGCCAUCUAAUCAUGCAUAUUUAGAUUUCCCCUGUUGUACUACAAAUUUAUUUCAAACCAGGCUCCAAUUAAUGUUUAUACAUUGCAUUUGGUGUCUCCUUCAUCAACUAUUACUUUAUUAUUGUUUUGAUAAAAUAUGGAACAGAUCAGUUAGUUCUUCUAAAUAGUAACAUUUGCUUUGGAUUUUAAUUACUUUUUAAAAAGUAGCAUUAUGGAAACUGCCUAAAGUUGCUUAAUCUUCCUAAGAACUCUGAUUUAUAUUUUCUUUCUCUUGCUCUUAGUAUAAUGCAUUACAUAAUAGGUGUAAGAAAAAAAUUUAGUCACCUCAGAUAAAAUUCGUAUCAUGUGUAUGGUAAUAAAAAAUUACUGUGUCACCCAUAAUUGCCUUAUACUAUAUUUUAACUUCAAGAAGAAUUUUUUGGUAUUAUUUUUCCAUUGCAAUGGAACUAUCUUUUUUUCUCUUUUAAGACUCUUUGUAUUGUAGUAUUGUUUUUGGCACCUCUGUAACCAGAUGAUAAUGUACUCAAAUGUCAUGAUAGCUUGCAUAGUUACUGUAGUUGUAGAUUUGGCUCCAGUACCCCUAGAAACAUGCACUGAAUUGAAAAGAAAAACCGUGCUUCCUUUUGUCCAGGGCUUAUUCUAUUCAACUUAGAAUCUGAAAGCUGUAUAAAAUUAUAGGAGUUUCAUUUAAAUAUAAGUUCAAACUGUAUUUAUAACUUGUAUGUGGCCCUCUGUUUUGAGGAUAUUGACUUCAUGUAGGCUCUAAAUGCAGCAUUAUGUUCCUAAUGUUAAGAACAGAAGACUGUAUUUUUAAAGCUACAGAUUUGUAUAUAGAACUAAGACAUCGUUGUAAUGUCUCUAUAACCUGUUGUGGGGAGCAGGGAAAAAAAGAGGAACCAAUUAAAUAGGACCUUCUAAAAAUUGUUAAUUUUGUAAACUGCUUCUUUUAAGUUAUUGUGGUUCCUUUUAGUUACUGAGUUUUAUUUUGAAGAUAUUUAAAUAUUGCACUUGUACAAAUAGUAUAAUAAAUGCACAGACUAUUGCUGUAAAUUCUUUUUUUAAGCUGGGAUAUUUGAAAUGACAACUUUUGGUUGAGUAUGUCAAGGUUGCAUCAGAAUUUUCAGAAAUUUACUGUGGUUUGCAAAUUCUUACUAAUUGAAGAUGUAAGGGAGUCAAUGCAAAUGAUUUUUAAUCUUUUUUUAUUAUCUUUUCAGCAAUUUAUAUUUUUUGUGAUUUUAUGCAACCAUAUUUUUACUUUGUCUUGACAACUGAAAGAUGUAUAAGGUUUUUGCCAGAAAUGUACUGUAUACAUAGUUUUAAAUAUAACAGAUUUUACUGAUAUGUAAAAUUUUUGCCAUUAAAAUAAAUGAUUUCUCACUGAGAGGAACUUUUCUACCAGGUUGGGGGAUAUGGGAGCUUAAUAUAUCAUAUCUAAUUUAAAAUAAUUUCACUGAAAUAAACUCCAUUGCUUUUACUUUGAUUAUAUUUUUUCUUUGGAUGGUUCUGUAGUUUUUCAGAGUUUUAAAUGAUUUUGUACAAAACGUCCUGCCCUCUCACCCUGCCCCCCCCCUACUUUUUGACCUUGUAGUGAUACCAUUCACACUGAAUUAAUGACUGGUGGACUAUGGGUGGAUGUAGAACUCCAUGAACCUUUGGAAUGAAAGAAAAAAAAUGUAUUUAAAUCUUUUCCCUUUAACUCCUUCCAUCUCCCCCAUCCACAACAGAAAUCAUAUUUUCAUCGUGAGUUCUCUUCACUAGACGAAUGAAAGUCCACAUAAAACAUAACUAUAAAUUGGUAGUAUGGUAGAAAUCAAUCUUUGUGGUACAAUAUUUCUGAGACUUGUUCAUGUAUGUCUUGACCAGAGUAUAUUUAAGGAUACAAUUUCAAAUACUUUGAUUUGGAAAACGGAUAAUAAAGAAAAACAUCAUUUUUCAUCGGC